CGUCAAGUACAUACAACAGUUCGAAAUUAUUCGAGACAAUCUUGGUCGCUGCACAAUCUCUCAAUCAUGUAUGGAUUUGUUUGUCUUAUGUACAUUCCAUGCAUAGUCCAAUUACUUCGAUGUUAUCAUAGAUACCGCGCCGCGGGGAACUCAUUAGUUAAACAACAAGAGAGAGUUUUAGCCAACACCUUUUUGGAAUUCACACUCACUUCGUUGCUUGCCUCCCUGACCGUUUAUAUGUGUCACCUUACCCAAUCAGGCGAUUUUAUCUUUAAUCCAAGAUUUUGGAUCACAAUGCGGGCUAUGAAUUCUGUAAUAUCUGUUCUAGGAAACGCUGCUGUGUGUUUGAUCUUGUAUAGCCUUUCAAAGGCUCGUUCUAAUGACUCUGAGAUCAAGGUUGCCUUAGCCUUGUGUCCAGGCAAAUUGACGGUUUAGCAUGCAUCAUACCUUUUCAUGUCCAUUUUUUGAGACGAUUACGCGUUAAAUCAGAUGACACCUAAUAUCUUUCUGCGUAUCAUUACUUGUUAAUUUCGGACAUUCAAUCUUUCAAGGGCUAAAACAUUCAUUCCUAGUACAGGCCAUGUUGUAAUUUGAUUCUUCCAAGUUGAGAUACCAGAGCCGCGGUCUGGCGCCAUUCAUGGUGCUGAUUUUUGUUAAUUUCUUCAGAUUCAGAAAGCAAUCAAAUUAGAUUAUUUUCAUCUAUUC